AUGGGCUGUGCAGAAGUCAUUGUCACUGACCAGGGUCGGGAAUUCGUCAACUCACUCUCAGCCCAGUUGUACCAGAAAACCAACACCCAGCAUAGAAUCACUAGCGCUUACCACCCUCAGACAAAUGGAUUAACUGAGCGGUUUAACCAGACUCUUUCUAGGUGUUUGGCUAAGACUGUGAAUGACAACCAAGAUAACUGGGACGAGAAGAUCAACACGAUUCUCAUGGGGUAUAGGGCAUCACGUCAGGCAUCGAUUAAGCAUUCUCCUUACUUCAUGCUCUUCCAAGCUGAGAUGCGUUUGCCGAUUGAUAGUGAGCUACUGCCCGGUCAGCCUGAAGAAAGAACCCCAGAAGAAGUUAUUGAGCAUCUUUUGAAGAGCCGUGAAGAAUGUUCACAACAGCUGAAGCCAACAUCAAGUCAGCACAAGGCAAACAAAAAGAAACGUAUGACAGAAAACACCAGCAAGUCAGCACACUUAGCGUGGGUAUGAAGGUUUUGCUGGAGAAUACUGCUCAAAAGCAGAGGAAGGGAGGAAAACUGGACUCAAGAUGGCUAGGGCCAUAUUUCAUCAACCGAGAUUUAGGUAAGGGCUUAUAUGAGCUAAAAAACCUUUCUGGUCAAAUACUCAAGAAGAAGGCAAAUGUCUGUCGGCUGAAGUUGUUUAAUGAAAGGAGCUUGUCUAGAGACAAUAAACAGCCACCAGAAGGCGAUCGGCCACCAGAGAGAGACGACCAACAGCCACCAGAGAGAGACGACCAACAGCCACCAGAGAGAGACGACCAACAGCCACCAGAGAGAGACGACCAACAGCCACCAGAGAGAGACGACCAACAGCCACCAGAGAGAGACGACCCACAGCCACCAAAGGGAGACGACCCACAGCCACCAAAGGGAGACGACCCACAGCCACCAGAGAGAGACGACCAACAGCCACCAAAGAAAGACGACCCAAAGAAAGAGGACCCACAGCCACCAAAGAGAGACCCUAAGUCAAACAAAUGUAAGACUAAGGAUGUUUUCAAGAAAAUCGAAGUACAGUGGGUCAAUGAGCUCUCUCUCACGGCACAUGACAGAGAGAUACUACUCGCCCCAACAGGCAUGCUGUCUGACAAGCAUGUGGAUGCUGCAAUGAUGCUUUUAAGUGGCCAAUUCUCCAAAACAUCUGGGUUGCAAUCGUCACUUAAAGUGCAGUUUCGUCUUGGUUUUCGCCCAAUUGAUUUGGACAAGCGCACGAGGGUUCAAGGAGUGCAGAUACUGUUUGUGCCAGAACGUCAUCACUGGAUCCUGACAAGUUGUAUUGAAGGCAGUGUCUAUGUGUAUGACAGCCUGCAGACAGGCACUAAGGAAUUUCCUAGAUCUGUAGAAAAUCAACUACUCCAGCUCUACCAUCCAACACUUAGUCCACCACAACGUCAAGAAAUUGGUUUACUGGCAGAGUGUCCGCCUGUCCAACAACAACAAGAGUCAUAUGACUGUGGCUUAUUUGCUAUUGCAUGGGCGUACCACCUCUUAGUUGGAGACUCUUUAAACACGCUGACACUGGACCAGCAAAAACUCAGACGGCAUUUGGUAAGGUGCUUUGAAAAGAAGAAACUAUCAAGGUUCCCAAAAUCAAGGCAGGAGACCCCUCGAAGUGAGAUAGUGUGGGUAUCUGUAGUAGCUUCGUGCUACCAGUGCAUAAGGCCUGACUCGUGGAACGACAUGGUGCAGUGUGAUGGCUGCGACAGGUACCACAUGAAGUGUGCACGUAUAAAGAAAGCUCCAUUCAGUGACUGGCACUGUAAAGACUGCAAAUAGACUGCAAAUAGAUAGCUAGUUUUUCUGUUGUUGUACUUGUUCAAGUUUUGAGAUGUAUCAUAAUAACCGCUGA